CUCUCUGCCAUUACUUCGAUAUCCAACCCAAAAUGCCAUCCCAAUUGAGAUAUGGAAGAAAAACUUUUGUAACCGUUGAAUUUCUUCCAAUUGAAAGCUCUAUCCUCAAUUGGGUAUCAAUCCAUUCCGUCCUAGCACGUCUUGUAGCCCAAAUAAUUCUAUUGAAUUUCUUUAACAAUGGCAGCUGCUGCAUGUUCUUGGACACCUACAGGCCUCAGGGGUCUCGCCCCUGUAAGCCAGAACAAAUCCCUUGCUCCAACCCAGGCCUCAUUCCUAGGAAACUCAAUAAGUUUGAAGACAAAAUCUAGCUUCCAGAAGAAAACAAGAAGUGGCAAAGCAUCCCCUCUUCAUAUUACCAAUGCUCUCAAUCCUUCUUUGGUGAUCAGCCUGAGCACAGGAGCCUCACUGUUCCUCGGAAGGUUUGUGUUCCUGUCGUUUCAGAGGGACAAUGUGACAAAGCAAGGCCUUCCUGAGCAAAAUGGGGAGACCCACUAUGAGGCAGGAGACACCAGGGCCCAGGAGUACUCAAGCCUUCUCAAGAGCAAUGACCCAGCUGGAUUUAACAUUAUUGAUGUUCUUGCGUGGGGAUCCAUUGGUCAUAUUGUAGCAUACUUCAUCUUGGCCACUACAAGCAAUGGAUACAGUCCAGACUUCUUUUGAGCUCUGAAAAAAGGCACCAUUCGCUUGUUCCUGGUUCUUAAUGUUUCUUGUUACAGAUGACUUGAUCCUACUUUGAUUUUAUUAAUGUCCUAUCUCCUAUGUAUUUCCUUGAGGUUGUAUUAUUAGUAUUUUAUCACCCUGCUCUUGCUGUAAAUUUUUUGCAACCUUUCAUCUUCAUAUUAAGAAUCAAAGCUUCCAAAAAUAAUUGGAUUGUGUA